UGCGUUCAUCCGCCGCCUGUGGCGCGACGUUCUGCGGCUCAGCGACGCGGCUUCUAGAACCGGGUGAUUGUAAUAAGCCUUUGCCGUACCGAGUUUGCCGUACGGCCGCCACCCGCACCGCGACCUGCUUGCGGUUGGAGAAAUCAAGGCCCUAUCGGGCCUCCGUAGUCACCUCUCCAUAGUGGGCGUGGCCGAGGCCGGGGUGACCCUGCCAGAGCCACCGUUGCCAGCGACAUGUUCAAGGUAAUUCAGAGGUCCGUGGGGCCGGCCAGCCUGAGCUUGCUCACCUUCAAAGUCUAUGCUGUACCAAAAAAGGACUCACCUCCCAAAAAUUCUGUGAAGGUUGAUGAGCUUUCACUCUACUCAGUUCCCAAAGGUCAAUCGAAGUAUGUGGAGGAGUCAAGGAGCCCACUUGAAGAAAGCAUCUCACAGCUUCGACACUACUGUGAGCCAUACACAAACUGGUGUCAGGAAACGUACUCCCAAACUAAGCCCAAGAUGCAAAGUUUGGUUCAAUGGGGGUUAGACAGCUAUGACUAUCUCCAAAAUGCACCUCCUGGAUUUUUUCCGAGACUUGGUGUUAUUGGUUGUGCUGGCCUUAUUGGACUCUUUUUGGCUAGAGGUUCAAAAAUGAAGAAGCUAGUGUAUCCGCCUGGUUUCAUGGGAUUAGCUGCCUCCCUCUAUUAUCCACAACAAGCCAUCGUGUUUGCCCAGGUCAGUGGGGAGAGAUUAUAUGACUGGGGUUUACGAGGAUAUAUCGUCAUAGAAGAUUUGUGGAAGGAGAACUUUCAAAAGAGACAGGAUUUCAGCAUGUUGCCCAGGCUGAUCUUGAACUCCUGGAUUCAAGUGAUCUACCUGCCUCGGCCUCCCAAAGUGCUAGAAUUACAGCCAGGAAAUGUGAAGAAUUCACCUGGAACUAAGUAGAAAACUCCAUGCUCUGCCCUUCUUAAUCAGUUAUAGGUAAACAUUGGAAACUCCAUAGACUAAAUCGGUAUUUCUACAGAAAAAUGGCAGAGAAGUCAGUAUUGAAUGUAUUAAAUUGGCUUUCUUCUUCAGGAAAAACUAGACCAGACUUCUGUUAUCUUGGGUGAUACCAUCCUACAAGCAAACUAAUCUGAAACCAUUUCACCUAGAGAUAAUGUACAAGCCUUAGAACUCCUCGUUCUCAUGUUGCUAUUUAUGUACAUAAUUAAAACCCAAGUUAAAAAAAAA